AUGGUGGGCUUGCGUAAACCAAAGGCGUUGCUUCUUCUAGUACUAGUGGUUAUAGCCAUCACAAUAGCAAACGCUGCCAAGGAUCUCAAAGAAAAAGAAGAGGUUGGAAACGAAAGAAACUUAACUGAAGACGAACCCAAAGAUAAAAAAGACGAACCCAAAGAUAAAGAACCCAAAGAUAAAAAAGACGAUGGCAAAGAUAAAAAAGAAGAUGGCAAAGAAAAAGAACCAUCUGUUGGUACUAAAAUAAAAGAUAAAGUCAAAGGAGCUGCUUCAACUGUUGCAUCAGCUGCAUCUAACGCAUCUUCUGCCUCAGUUGCAUCUGCGGCUUCUGCUGCCUCUGCUGCAUCAGCUGGAAUCAAAGGAGCUGCUUCAUCUGUUGGUGAUAAGUUGGGAAUCAAAGGGGGUGCGCCAUCUGGUCCAUCGAUUGAUGUUAAAGCAUCUGGAGCUAAAGGAGACGGCAAAACCGAUGACAGUGCGGCAUUUAUGGAUGUAUGGAAGAAAGCAAUUGCAGCAUCAACACCAACAACAAUUACAGUGCCAAAGGGUGACUACUUGGUGGAAACUUUAGAACUCGAAGGUCCAAGCAAAUGUGCCAUCACUUUUGAAAUGCAUGGGAACUUUAAGGCUCCAUCUGCUGUCAAUUCCCGAAAACCGCAUAGUGGAUGGAUUAAUUUCAAAAAACUCGAGAAUUUCGUUUUGAAUGGAAACGGAGCCAUUUUUGACGGUCAAGGCUCAACGGCUUGGAAGGUUAAUGACUGCAAAGAAACCGGAAAAUGCAAUAAUCUCCCCAUCAACAUCCGACUUACGCAACUCACUAACUCGAAAAUUAGCGGCAUAACAUCGUCAAACAGCAAACUAUUCCACAUGAACAUCCAUCAAUGCACCAACGUAACUCUACACGAUGUUCAUAUUGAUGCACCUCCGGAGAGUCUUAACACUGAUGGUAUCCACAUCGGAAAGUCCAAAGCUGUCACCAUUAUAGGGUCAAAGAUUAAAACCGGAGAUGACUGCAUUUCUAUUGGAGGUGGUACUGAAGAUUUACUUGUCGAGGGCGUAGAAUGUGGACCAGGACAUGGUAUUUCCAUCGGAAGUCUUGGAAAGUACCCUAAUGAGCAGCCAGUGAAAGGAAUCACCGUUCGUAAAUGCAUCAUCAAGCAUACCGAUAAUGGUGUUCGUAUCAAAACAUGGCCUGGAUCUCCCCCUGGUCUCGUCUCCAACGCUGUUUUCGAGGAUAUCACCAUGGACAAUGUUAGCAUGCCCAUUCUCAUCGACCAAGUGUACUGCCCUCAUGGCAAAUGCAAAGCUGGGCCAUCUAAAGUGCAAUUGGAGAAUCUGAACUUCAAGAACAUUCAUGGCACAUCAUCAACAAAGAUUGCUGUGAAACUACUCUGCAGCCCAGGCUGUCCUUGCCAAAAGGUUGCUAUGUCUGACAUAAACUUGGUCAGCAGCGGUAAAGAGGGAGCAGCUGUCUCAGCAUGUUCUAACGUCAAGCCUGCUGUCUCCGGAAAGAUGAUUCCACCGGCUUGCACCGAAGAAUGUAAACCGGAUAAAAAGAAAUAA